AUGAUUGCAAGUUUUGGAGGAUACAAGAGUGAAAACGUUACAAACUUAAUUCGUGUGAUUAACCAGAAUGACCCAGAUGAUCUAUGUUCAGUUAAGACAAAAAAACAAGAUAUAGUAAUUCCAAAAUCACAAACCGUGGAUGUGCCUUGUCGGGCAAACACAGGUCCAGUUAACUGUGCAAUUCCUGUGCUGUUCGAACCAAAUGAAUGUCCACAGUUACCCUCUGGGUUGUCUAUACAAGAGGAACUAACAUCAGUCAGGCAAGGGAACUCUUCUUUGUUGCACAUUAAAGUCACCGAUGACACAGAUCACGAUAUUACCUUAUAUGGCAGAACU